CCAAAGCACUGUUUACUUCCAACCCAGCAACAUGGUCACCAUAAGGCGAACCAUUUCGCUCCUGGUCUUGUCCUUGGCACUGACCAGCGCCAGUACACGUGUGGAGCUUCCAAAAGACGCCUUGGACGUAGCCAAUCCCGAGUUCCAGUCACAAUCCUACCACACAAUUUCCAGGCUCAGACGCCUAUCAGUGGAGUUCUUCGCCCAGUAUCAGAACAUAACGAUCUCCGAUCUCGCGCAGGAUCUGUAUCGCGAUAAGAACAUACGACUACCCACGACCGACGAUUGGAGGUGCCUGGCAGAUCUGAAGACUCUAGCGAAAGAUGUGUCCGAUAGGAAACUGUGGGCCCUACGAAUGAUUGACUCUUGGGGCACUUUGCCAUCGGGCAUCCUAUACGGCAAUCUGAUAGAUCUGGGCAACUUUGACGAGUGCCUGGGCAUAGACCACUCUGUGACCUCCGCCCACAAUGUUCAGGGAAAGUACUGUCUCAGCAAGCUCCAACUGGCACCCAGUAUCUCCACCUUUCUGGCACUCAAAACAGCGGUCUGCUUUCCCGCCUCCUGUUCCGCCGCCCACAUGGACAUGAUGCUCCGAAGAUUACUGCAGAACCUCCUAAGCAUUGAGCUGAAUCCAGAGGUGCCUCUGGUGAAUGAGGCCACAUGCAAGACUGCCGAUCGGGCGCCUUACGAUGCUCUAACCAUCUUCACAAUAGUCGUUCUAUCUAUACUGUGCGUGCUCAUGGUACUGUCCACCGUCUAUGACUACUUGAUCUGCCAAGAUGAGCAGCCACUAAAUAAGUGGGUAAAGGCUUUCUCCGCGCGUGCCAACAGUCGGGUUCUCUUUAGGUUGGUGGCCCCCAGGAGCAAUCCCAAUGUCAUCGAAUGCCUUCAUGGCAUUCGAGUACUGUCCUUCAUCUGGGUUGUCUAUGGACACGUAUACCUCGUGGCAAUCUUUGCUCCCAACAUGAACUAUGUCAAACUGGACACGUGGCGCAGAUCGCCGUACAGUAUGCUAUUACAACACGCAACAUACUCGGUGGACACGUUCUUCUUUUUGAGUGGCCUCUUGAUGGUGGUGAUUGCCCUUAGAGCAAUGGAAAGAACCAAGGGAAAGCUGAAUGUGUCCCUGAUGAUUCUGCAUCGCUAUCUGCGCCUCACUCCGGUCCUGGCCAUGGCCAUUAUCGUCUAUAUGACGAUCCUGCCCCGAAUGGGCGAUGGCCCACUGUUCGGGAAGGUUAACUUCGAUGAUUUCUCCAAGUGCAAGGACACCUGGUACUGGACCCUCUUGUAUGUGCAGAACUAUGCCACAAAACAAAUCUGCCUGGGACAUUCCUGGUACCUGGCCGUGGACAUGCAGCUCUACAUCAUCGCACCCAUACUCCUGAUCGCGCUCUACCGAUGGAAGAGUAAGGCGGUCGCUGGAAUUCUUGCCACCAUGCUGCUCCUUGCCGCUUGUCUCUUCAGCAUCAUGGUGAUCGAGGACGUUUCCCUCAUUGCGACCAGCGAAGAGGCGAUGGAGAAGAUUUACUUCUCUACACACACCAGGGCGUCCCCUUACCUGAUUGGCAUUCUGUUCGGAUACUUCCUGCACGUCAACCGAGGCAAGUCCUUCAAGCUCAGUCCCGUUGCAGUCAUCCUGGGCUGGCUGACCAGCUUGGCGCUGCUCUUCAGCUGCUUGUUUGCAGUCUACGUGUAUGCCGUAGAUGCGGAAAAACCGCCCAUUGUGGAGGAGGCCUUCUACCUGACAUUAUCACGGAUCGCCUGGCCCCUAGGUCUCUGCUGGGUGGUCUUUGCCUGCAUGCACGGCUACGGAGGACUGGCCAACAGCUUUCUUUCCUCUCCGCUGUGGCAGCCCCUGUCCAAGCUAUCCUACUCCGCCUACAUCUUCCACAUGUUCAUGGAGAGUCUCAACGCCGGCAUUACGCGCACCAGCACCUACUUCAGUAAUUACCAAGUGAUGCUUCGUUUCUGGGGCGACUUUGGCUUCACCAUGCUCCUCGCCUUCGCUGUGUACAUCCUGAUCGAGGCGCCCUUCGGAAACUUAGAAAGCCUCUUGCUUCCCACCAAGAUGCCAAGUCCCCCGCUCCCAGCUGAGAAGCAGUCGAAGGAAGCUCCAGUGGAACGCACUGCAUCUGCGCCACCGUUGGAAAAUAAAACGCCCCUUUCCGCAUAAGGAUCUCGAAAAUAGUUAUGAGCAAAGAU